AGCACUUUUCUCUUUGUAGCUUGUCAAUUCUGGAGAGGAUGUCCUCGUGUUCUACAAUGACAGAGCCUCUUUCCAGACUCUGAUCCAGAUGAUGCGGUCCGAGCGUGACCGGAUGGAUGAGAACAGCCCUCUCAUGUACCACAUCCAUCUGGUGGAACUCUUGGCCGUGUGCACAGAGGGCAAGAAUGUGUACACAGAGAUCAAGUGCAACUCCUUGCUCCCGCUUGAUGACAUCGUUCGUGUGGUCACUCAUGAAGACUGCAUCCCGGAGGUUAAAAUCGCUUACAUUAACUUCCUGAAUCACUGCUAUGUGGACACUGAGGUGGAAAUGAAGGAGAUUUACACAAGCAAUCACAUGUGGAAAUUGUUCGAGAAUUUCCUUGUGGACAUCUGCAGGUUCACAGUAGGAAUGCCAAGCGGUACCAGCCAGUGA